GCAACUCGUGGACACAACAAGUAGAACAAAGAGAGUGGCGAAAGUGAAGUUGUAGGCAGCUAUAGACUUUCAAUAACAAUUUGAAUAUUAAAGUUGUUCUUUGGAUGGGAGGAAGGCUCUCAAAACAAUAUUUUAACUUUUGUUCAAGGUAGUUGAUUGGAUGAAGGCUCGAAUAUGAAGCUGAUGUUUAUUGUAAUACUUUACAUGUGUAAAGUUGUACUCUGCACGGAAAGCUCGCAUGGGACACUGGUAGUUCCAGAGACAAUGCUUUUUGUAUCAACAUUAGAUGGUUCAUUUCAUGCUGUUAAGAAGAAUACUGGUGAUGUAAAGUGGAUCAUGAAAGACAAUCCUGUGUUAAAAUCUCCAGUUAAAGCUAACCCUGGGGGGAUUUUCCUACCAGACCCUCAAGAUGGGAGUCUGUAUGGAUUUUUUGGUGGGAGCAUUAAAGAAAGUUUAAGGAAAUUGCCAUUCACGAUACCUGAGCUUGUCAGAGCAUCACCAUGUCGAAGCACAGAUGGAACCUUAUAUGUUGGGCGAAAACAAGAUGUUUGGUUUGCAAUUGACCCAGUCACAGGGCAGAAACAAAGAAAGCUUACCAUGGAUGGCAUUGGAAGCAUGUGUCCUCCAAUGGGUCAGAUGAAUGCACCGUUGUACAUUGGAAGAACCGAAUAUACAAUCAUUAUGUUUGAUGGCAUCACUGGAGAAAAAAGGUGGAAUGUAACCUUUUUGGACUAUGCAUCACAACCUGCCAAAGAAAAUGAGUAUGAUCAGUUGCAUUUCGCAUCUUGCUCUGACGGUCAAGUUGUCUCCAUGGAUCGAAUAACAGGUCAAAUUUUAUGGGAGACAAGUUUUGAUUCGCCUGUGGCCAGCAUCUAUGAAUGGGCGCCUGAGGGCCUUCAAAAAAUCCCUGUCAACUACGUUGCCAAGGAGACACUGUCUCUCAUAAUACAGGCUAGCGCAUCUGGCGAGAAUGGCAGCAAUGAGUAUAUUGGGAAAUCUGGAGAGCUUGUUCUCAAGCCUACUCUUUUCAUUGGAAAGCACCAAGGUGGAUUGUACGCUCUACCAUCAAUGGUCGAUGAUAAAUCAGUAGUUGUUGAUCCGAAGAUACUCCUUAUUGCGGGCCCAAGGAAUGUUGCUGGGAAAGAGCAAUUUGACAAGAAAGCAGCUGAGCAGAAACAGGAUAAUGCGAUCCCUGUUUUGAUUGGAUACCACACUGUACCGCCUUCCUCCAAAACCCAGCUCUCCUCGGGGUUCUUCAUCACUCAUCUUAAGACUAGCAGCGACUCCGAUUCAAAAGCUAAGAGCAGGCAUCAAGGUGAAGUACAUAGUACCAAAGAUGAGCGACCAAGGAAUAAAAAUGUCAUCAAUCAGCGGCAUUUGGCCAAACUCUUCGAGGCAGUGAAGAACAACCAAAGCUUCUUCUAUACAGUUAUAGCCUCGGUUGGAAUUCCUAUCGCAUUGCUGCUUAUGUUCUAUUUCGAGAGAAAACUGCCAACUUUAUCAUCGCAGUUGUCAGUGAACACAAAUAAAAGCUAUUCAAGCACGGGAGAAGUGAGCCAGCACUCCAAUACAGGGUCAGAUUAUUCAGUCGGAGAAAGAUUAGUUGAGGAGGAAGAUGGAAUGGCCAGAGUAGGGAAGGUCGUGUUCGACCCAAAGGCCAUUCUUGGGAGAGGCUGCGAAGGAACAGUAGUCUACAGAGGGAGAUUCGAUCACAGGGACGUUGCCGUGAAAAGAAUUCUGCCUGAAUGUUUUAGCUUUGCCGAUCGGGAGGUUGCCCUACUAAGAGAAUCUGAUGAGCAUCCAAAUGUAAUAAGAUAUUUCUGCAUGGAGGAAGACAGACAGUUCAGAUACAUUGCUUUGGAGCUGUGUGAUGCAACACUUCAAGAGUACGUUACAGAUGCCAAUUUCGAAAGAAACGGUCUGCAGCCAGUUGAUUUGUUGUACCAAGCAUUAUCUGGCCUUGCCCACUUACACUCUCUUAACAUAGUCCAUAGAGAUAUUAAACCUCACAACGUUCUCAUCUCAAAACCGAAUGCCCAUGGAGUUGUGAAGGCGAUGAUAUCAGACUUUGGCUUGUGCAAGAAGCUUGCCAUCGGUCGGCAUUCAUUUUCGUCACGGUCAGGCAUCGGCACAGAAGGCUGGAUUGCCCCGGAAAUGUUCCAGAAUGACAUGAACAUUACAAAAGCCUGUGACAUAUUUUCAUAUGGAUGCGUGGCCUAUUACGUGUUGUCAAAAGGAUCACACCCGUUUGGUGAGAUAUUCAGAAGGCAAGCCAAUAUUCUGGGCGGCCAAUACUCAUUGGACAAGAUACAUUAUUUAGAAAAUGAGUUUGAAGUCAAGGAUCUUCUUAAACAAAUGCUAAUGGUAGAUCCAUCGAAAAGGCCGAAAGCGAGUGCUGCUUUAAAGCAUCCAUUUUUCUGGUCAAAAGCCAAGCAGCUUGCCUUCUUUCAGGAUGUGAGCGAUAGAAUCGAAAAAGAGAGUGACGAAUCCCUGACUGUGAAAUCCUUGCAACGAGAUUCAAUCGCGGUCGUGCGCGGAGACUGGAAGGUGCACAUAGGCACAGAGCUACAGCAAGAUCUUCGAAAAUACAGAACUUAUCAAGGCGUGUAUGUCAGAGACUUGCUUCGAGCUCUUAGAAACAAGAAACAUCAUUACAGAGAGCUGCCUGAGUGUCUCCGAAUAUCUCUUGGUGAGAUACCGGAUGAUUACGUGUCAUAUUUUACAAGUAGGUUUCCGAGACUUCUUAUUCAUUGCUACAACGCAAUGUGUAUCUGCAAACACGAAGCUCCCUUUCACAUAUAUUAUGAUGUAGAGAAGAUCCAAAAGAGUAAAUCAUCUCCAGCUCUAUGACGUUUAGUAGUGUUUAAUUUAUGCAAUUUAAUUUCAUUACAUAAUUUCUGACUUGUUUUAGUAUAAUUUUAGUUAGAUAACAGAAUAACUUGCGUUUAAAAAAUCUUCUUGGCUAGAUAAUGAAGUGUCGUGUUUUAAGUUUCUUCAUUGGUGGAGAUUUAAAAAGUCUUAAAGUCUAUGUUACUGACAACAUUCUAACAGAAAGCCGUGCAUUUACUAAAAACCUUAAACAAGUCAUAGAUGCAGCAACAUUUGAUAUUCAAAUGACGUCACACAGUUUAUUUUAGAAGUAGCGUUGUAGCUUCCCUAACCUCGUCUCGGACAAUCAUGACGUACAUUUCUCCUGUAUGAGUUUAUUGAUUUUUCAUUUUCUUUCAUUGUUAUUCAGAAAUGAUUCAGUAGGGGGGUAGUCGUCCAAACAUUACAUACACAAGCUAGGAUGAGGUCACCCGUUGCUGAAUUGGUUACCUGAACAUGGAGGGAAGGGGAGCGAGAGUUUAGGAAGAAUGAGGAAGAGAUGGGGAGAAAAAGGGAAUGAGGAAGAGGGAGGAGGUGAAGGGAAAGUUAAGUUAGAAGGGGAGAAGGAAAACGAAGGAUAUUUUGAAUUGUAGAGCAAAAGAGGGUUUUUAAUGUUAGAGGGUUAGGGAAGAGCUUAGAAGAGAUUCAGAAGAGAAAUGAGGGAAUAGAGAUGUGAUUUUUAUGUCAAAUUUCAUUGACCAACAUUAUCGAAAAUAUUUCAUUGAAAGAUAUUCUACCAUUUCCAAUGUGUUUAUCAUUCCCAGGUUUUUGUUGAAAACCUAAACUUGGGGAAAUGCAUUACAGAGAAUGUCGACUGUUAUCAUGUGCUAAAGCUCGUUUUAUUGCUCAGGAUUUUGGGUUGUCCAGUCUUGUGAACUCUUUUGGAGUGUUAUUUACGUCAACAUCGCCCAAACAAGCAAAUCUUUCUUUACGCACGUAAUAUACUGUCGUCUAAAAGAGACCUAGUAAGUGUUAGUCUAUCUCUCGAAGCACUAUAAGUGUUUUUUUGAUGGGGAAUACUUUUAUGCCCAUGCUCAUUUAGUAUCUAGGAUCCCAUUACCUAACGUAUUAUUUUCAAUUAAAUGCUUUCAUUCCGUUCCUUUUAUCUAUUUUAAAUCCAUGUUUUAUGUUUAACUUAAGGCUAAAGGUAGUACCAUUUAAAGCAAACUCAACUUGCCCUCGAUGUUUCCACAUGAUUUAUUGUUUCUGUAGUUAACAAAAGACUUUUCUCAUCUUCCCAUAUCAGCAUGGAAAUAUUUCUAGAUCUAGCAACCUAUUUUGCGCUCAUACUUGAAGAUUCUUGCCGUAGUUUAAUUCGGCCAGCAAUCGUUUACGUUUAAGCAAAUCAAUCUUUUUUUUGGAGAAAAGCUAAUAAAAUAACAAAAAUUUUAUCGUUUUUAUUCAAAAUGUUUAAAAAGUAGCAAUUAAUCAUUUCGUGUUGCGGGUGGCAUCUUUCUAAUCCAUUUAAGUCUCUUCAUGCCUAAAUUAUACAUAUCGUUAAAUUAUUUGAGGACACAUUCCCAUAGUUUUGGCUUCUUUUUUUCAGGUUAAUCUUUAAAUGGAAUAUUGGUAUUAUUUUAGAGCGAGUUUUUAUCGCCCUUGUGAUGACAAAGGUUUUGAAAGUCAUAUUCAUAUUUUUUCCCCCAAAAAAUUUUCAAAGGAAACUGUUUGCUUUAUUCUAUCAUUGUAGCUUUAAUUUUUUACAAAUUUAGAAGUUAUGCCUCCAAGAUCGUGGCGAGAAGCUGUAUCGUUGUAAAAAUAUGCACGGACAUAAUCAUGAACAUGGAUUUCGGCUCCUCCUCAAUUUAUUUCGAUGAAAUGGUCUAAGAAUCUUCCAAUUUUUACUCUUAAACUCAAAAACAUGUCUUGUAGUAAUUCGUAGUGAAUUUUGGGGUUUAAAGUUUGUACGAAGACUUCAGGGUAUUUUCUAAUAUGCGAGUUAAGAGGUGCAUUGCUUUGGAUUUUAUCAACACACACCAUAAAAACCGUCCUAACUUAAUCCAGAAUUUUGUAAGUAGUUUUAGAUUUAGACUAGCAGUCUUGAUGUAAACGGUGGAUUCACUGAUAGAUUGAGAAACUCAUUGA